AUGGCUCACCAGCGUAACGACCCGACCGACAUGUACAACUUAUACGACAACAACGACAGCCACGAUGACCAGGAGCAUCAUGAUCAGACUAUGAACCAGACAGCUACCGAUAGCGACCCAACCAGACCACCUCAGCUUAAUCUUGGCAACACAGGCUGUCACUGUAACUGUGGCUGCCUCUGCUCCUCCACCGACGAUGAUGGCGACGGCCACAACCAGGGAGUCCAGUCCGCUAUCGACUCCAUCUGCAGUGGCCACGAAGGAUCUCACUACGCCGCAUCCGAGCUCGGCGACGACCACAUCAAUGGGCAAGAGGGAGAUGAACACAUGAUCGAGGCUGGGGACCUUGGACCUGUUUCUUGCAGGACCAUCAUACGUGCGCUGGCCAGACAGCGUCGCUGCACCUGCCGUGGCAACAACAUCGAGCAAGACGCAUACACGGCAUACCAUACGCCGAUGGACUCUGGUAUGAUGUCUCCAAACUCCAUGCUUGUUAAUCCUUCAGACUCCACCGGCCAGAGCAUGACUUCGUCGCAAGUCCUGAGCGUCCCGUCACGAAGCUCGUCUGUCAUCUUUGGCAUCGGCGGAGCUUGCGCUCAUGACGCCUUCAUGGACCGUUUCACUGUGCUCUACCAGCCGCCGAGACUUACACCAGACAUCACGAUCCCGAUGACGCUGGAUCUCACUGCUGUUGACCUCGAGAUGGGCAUUCCCAGAGACGCAGACUUCUGGUGA